AAAUUUCUAAGCAUCCACUGUGACGAUGAAAAUCCUGUUUUGCACAUUCGGCACAGGUGACGUUAAUGCUGCGACGCUGUUGAAACGUAAUGAGAAUCCCAGAGGGUUCGAGGUUAGGUCAGACGAAUGUAUUGUUGACGAUCUGUAGCAUUUGACGGUAGCAUCCCAAGCCGCUCUCUAGGAGGGUGUUGCUUUUCUAGAAACGUACAACGUGAAUACCAACGACGUAGAUGUUCCGUGGUGUUCAACAACUUUGUUUCUUUUUUUUCCUGACACCCCUCAUUUUCCUCCCUAUUUGUUUGUUUAAUCGUACGCCUCUACGUAGCCGAGACGAAUCGAACCAUGUGUAGAAAAAUUUGCUAGGAGGCGAAGCCACGGGAGAAAGUCGUGGGCGAAGGGCGAAGUCCGUUUGAAUCCCGAAUUAAGGAAUGAUGUGAUAUUCCUACCCUGGUCCCGAACGUGUCGUGUAAGCGUACCCUCUUUAGUCGCUGCAUCAUAGCGCAUCCCAGGGCGGAAAUUUCAAAUGCAGCAACCUUAUUGUACCAAGAAAACCAAAUAUAAUUAUUUAUUACAUGCAAAAUAUGGUUUUAUUACAUUUUUUAACUAUUUCCUUGUGCAAAGUUAUUUAAUUCAGGUGAUUCGGAAGGAUUAUACUAAUACUUCGUAUUUCACCUGGUGCACCGAAAUAUUUAUUAAUGUCCCGCGAACAACGAUUUUCGAUUAAAAGUAAGAAAUUUGAAGAUUUGAGAAUAUGGAAGUACAAGAGUUUGAGAGGUUGCGACAUUAUUACGAGCAGUAUGUAAUUUUUAAAGACAACAAAUUUAUAGUCUAAAAAUUCAAAUUUCGACAUUCAUAGUAACCGCCCACGUCCAUGAAAGUACAACUUAAGAGCGAAAUAAUGAGUUAUACAUAAAACAUUGUACCAAAUGUGUGGCUGGUAAAUCGAUAAGAAUAUGAAAGCAUGCAAGAACGAAACCGCGCGUUAUCCCCGGAGGGUUCAACGAACGGUAAUUGUUUCGAAUGUUACCGCGGACGUGGUUUAGUGUUUCGUGGCGGCAUCGGGUGGCGCUAACUCUCCGCGGCAUGAAUUGAAUGGACGCGAGAAACUCAAGCGUCCGCAACGCUCAAGCCAGCUCUCCCAGGUGCGCUAAACGCGCACGCGCCGCACGUUUAUUAUCUUCUUUCUGUUCAAGUGCCAUUUCAUUGCAUGCAGUGCAGUCUAUAAAACAGAAUGCGUUCUCAGUGGAUCUCGAGUUUCCUAUCACUUAUCGUCAUUCGUAGCGUAUAAACAUAACAGCACGCGGUCAUUAACUUACAAAUUGUUUACGUGUCGUCUGGCACAUGGGAACCCGUUGAUAUCGGCCGCGGAAAUGCUGGCGUUCGCGCAAUAAAAAACACGAUCGUGCCAUUGUUAGCGUCGUCCACGGGUUCCUGGAUCGAAUUUUCGAACGAUCGUGCGGGCAAAAUGUCAUGCAGCUACGCGGACGGGCUUUCGCAGUACGAAAACAAAGGAGUGCUCGGUUUGGAGGAGAGAUACGACAGCGUCGAGGCGUUGCGACUGAAAUGUGGCCUUCUAGCCGAGUGGAUACAAGCGGCACGGCACGUUGUCGUUCACACUGGUGCUGGUAUCAGCACCGCUGCGGGCAUUCCGGACUUUCGAGGUACAAAUGGUGUGUGGACACUGGAACAAAAAGGUUUAAAGCCUACCAUGAAUAUUUCCUUUGAUGAAGCGAUUCCUACAAAGACACAUAUGGCAUUGAAAAAAUUAUUAGAUGCUAAAAAAGUUAAAUUUAUUAUAAGUCAGAACAUUGAUGGUUUGCAUCUCCGGUCUGGAGUGCAGAGACAGUACCUUGCAGAGUUACAUGGAAACAUGUUUACUGAACAAUGUGAUAAAUGUGGAAGGCAAUUUAUUCGAAAUUUCGCUACUAAAAGUGUUGGCAAGAAAUCUCUGGAUACUGUGUGUAGAUCUGAACAAAUAGGCGGUCGUCCAUGUCGUGGACGCAUGCAUGACACUAUCCUUGAUUGGGAACACAACUUGCCAGACAGUGAUCUAACUUUAUCCGAUUUACAUUCUAGCGUUGCGGAUUUAAGUAUAUGUCUUGGGACGACGUUGCAAAUUAUACCGAGUGGUAAUUUACCUCUGUACACAAAAAAGUAUGGUGGUCGACUCGUUAUAUGUAAUCUACAACCUACAAAACACGAUAAGAAAGCAGAUUUAAUAAUUAACGGUAACGUUGACGAGAUAAUGAUCAGUGUCAUGAAAAAGUUGGGACUAGAGAUCCCAGAAUACGAGAGUACAAUGGAUCCCACACGCAAUCCUGACACGACGUGUAAGGAAAUGGAUUGGACGAUACCGACCAGCAGAAUAAAAGAGAUGAACGUACUCUACAAGAAGGUAUGCAAGCCUAUGAGAAGGAAACGAAAAACCUUCAUGUACGAGAGAGAAAGAACGGAUACAAAGCGGGAGACAAAACCGAAGAAGCAGGCUUUCAUGAUAAAGCAAGAUAUAAAAGCGGAAGACACGUUGAACGCGUCAAACAUAGUUUGCAGUAACGCAGUAGUCAGCGACAUGAGCAGCAACGUGGUAAAAAUCGAGGAUGAAAUUAAAGACGUGGAACCGUUUGAUUUCUCGACGAAUGACAUGACUCAACCAGUUCCUGGUUUGUCACUAAAUGACAUACUGUAGCAUGAUUUCGGCAUACAGUGAUCUAACGACCUAAUACUCUUAUUAAUCUCAAUCUCUGUUAAAUUUAUUUAUGAGUGCAUAUAGAAUGGAUGUUAUCUGUAUGUGAAGAAUGCCUAAAGUGCUAUUGAUUUGUUUAUACAAAAACACGAGAAAAGGCAAAAAAAAGGAAGAACAGAAAUUGAAAAGUAAGAUGAGUUUACCGACCGGUAAACUGCUUUUAUCGUCAAAUCAGAAAUCGCUGCAAUACGUGUACAUACAUAAGUAUAUGUAGUAGUACUUUCGUAAUCGCUUCCAUGUUAUGUCUGCUUUUUCAUUACUCGUCUGUAGUUCUUAUUCCAAGAUCAGAGUUCAAGGGACUAAUGUGUAUCAUACUCUUAAGCAUACACGUAUAUUGCAUGCCCCAUGUUUUUUCUCCCACUAUGAUACAUUAACAUUAAGUACUUAAGAUGGUUUAUUUAGGAUCGUUUUUAACGUACUGACAGAGAGAUUUUAUAGUAGUAACACGUCGACCGUAUAAGGGUUCGAGAAGGGUGUGAGUUAGUAUUUUACGUUUGAGAGCGUUUCAUUAAGUAUCUGUCAUCAUUGGCGUAACUAAGCAGGGAUGGACCUGGUUUGCAAAAAUUGGACUCUCCUCAUAAGAAAGUAAAAAUUGAAAAGACGGUAAAGUGCAAUUGUAUCUUAAUCAAAAUAAAUAUUGGCUAAAAAUGCAAUACAUAGCUUAUUAGGGGAUCCGAUCUAUUGCAGAUAAAAAUAUUAGUGGCGCCAAUCUCUGUGCUAUUCGUGUUUUCUAGGAAUGUGCGGGUACUCGGGGUGAUAGACUCGGUUCGGUUCGGAGAACUUCGGACAGGAUCGGGUACCCGACAUAUUGGGUUACCCGCACAUCUCUAGUGCAGAGUUUCCCAAACUUCUCUGGGUUGAAUUUUACUUCUGAAAAUUGUAACUUUUCACGACCCACUUACUUGUAACCCAUUACAUACAAAAUUCCAAAGUUUUUCGCGAAUAACGAAACGUUAUUUUACUACUUAAAAAUUUAGUAUAUUUUAAUAUACGACGUUUGACCCACACUUUGGGAACCUCUGCUAUAGUGUUCUUUCGAUACAUGACCAAGAUCUUCUAUAUAAAACUGUUUGUAACUCACGAAGCGAUUAAGGAAGAUAUAUAUGAAGAUGUUUUAAUGCACCGGAAUAGUGAAUAAUCGUUGCUACUUUGAACGUUUAUGAUUGAAAUCUUUAAUAGGACGCUCCAUACGAGCGAGUCGGUGUUGUUUGAUCAUCUAAUAGUUAAGUGUCUCUCGUUGAAACGCACACGUUUGUAUAAUCGUGAAAGGAUAAACGAAGAAGUGUCAAUGACAGAUGUUGAAACGAACAGUGGGACCGUGAGGUUAUAUCCUUGACAAUAUGUCUCCAGAAACGGUAUAGAAUGCGAAAGUGCAAAAGUUAGAGAGAGAGAAAAAAAAAA